AUGAUCCAACGACUUUUAAUAAUCAUCUUCACAACUUUUUUGGUUUUAACCCAAUGCCAAGUCCGACAAACACUAAAAGUUGGACUGAUUUUUGUACAAAAUGUCACAAAUUUACAAGUUGCAAUUGGAUACAGAACAUCAGCAUCGGCAGUUUUAGUAACAAAAGAAAAGAUUCGAGAGGAACAUUUAUUGGAUAAUUUUGAUUUUGAAUUCAUUUAUGAUUUUGACGAAUGUAACGAAAUUCAAGCAGCUGGGAAAACAGUCGAUUUAUUGGUGAAUAAGAGGGUUGAUGUUAUUUUUGGACCCACUUGCUCUCGAUCCGGUAUGAUAUCCUCCACCCUCGCUGCUCAGUACAAUAUUCCGAUAUUCGAAUGGGGUCUCACAUCGGCUCGUCAAUUGACAGACGUCGUCAGAUAUCCAACAUCUCUUCCAUUCUCUGUAAACAGUUACAGUCUUGCAAUGGCAAUUCGUGGAACUUUGAAACAAUUCGAAUGGACUGAAUUCGUAUUCAUGUAUUGUAAUGAUGGUGACGAUGAGAAGUGUGAAUCAUUGAAAGAUGAUAUUCAGACAGUUGCAUCCCAACAUUCGGAUAUAACUCUCGCCUAUACAACUCGCAUCAUGACUGGAAGCUUAUCAGACAUGCGAACCGCAAUUCGAGAUAUUAAAAAAAGGGGAAGAAUCAUCGUGGCGUGUGUGGCUUCGGGGAACGGAUCGAAGCGAACUCUGAUGCAAGCAGCAUCACUGGAAGAAGCUAAUAACAGUGAAUAUGUUUAUAUCAUGGCUGAGACUAAUUCCAGAGGAUUCAUUGUUGACGAGCCGGGAGGCAAAUGGCAUUAUUUAUGGGAGGGAGUGUUCAAUGAUUCAGCAAGCUUUACAUCGGAAGAUUCUAGACAAUCAAUGGCCAACUUGUUGUUUUUGGUUGAUAAUAUGGGAAUGAAUGAUGAAGUGACUCCACAAUAUCUGAAUUUCUCGAGAAAAGUCAUUGAAAUGAUGAAGGAUCCACCAUUCAAUUGUAUUGAAGAUUGUGCAGGAGAACAGUAUUCUUCGGUAGCAAAAUAUGCCGGUCAACUCGCUGACGCCUUCUACGCCUACGCAGUUGCUUUGAACAGAAGUUUGACUUCUAAUCCGUACGCAGACAUCAGAAACGGAACAAUGAUUCUGGGAAACAUUGGAAUGACAUUUGAAGGCGUCGGAGGGGGAGACGUGACAGUGGAUCCUGACUCGUCACGUACUUCAGUUAUCACCAUGAUUGGUUUGAAUUCAUCGAAACUACCGGAAACUUAUGGAAGAUUUGUAAUCAAUAAUCAAUCUAUCGACUUCGAACCUUUAUAUGCGAAUGAAAUGUACGAUGUCUGGAAUGGAAGAGAGCGUCCAAAAGUGAAACCAAUUUGUGGAUUUACCGGAAAUCAGUGUCCACCAAACUUUGUUCGAGACUAUUUGGCUUUCGUUGCCAUCAUCGCUGUUUUUCUAGUUUUCGCAAUUGGAGCAGCUAUCGGGGGAGUGUUUUAUGCUAUAAAACAGAAACAGAGAGAAAUCGAACGACAAGAUGAAUUGUGGCACGUUGAUGUGGGUCAUCUUCAAAUUAUUCCCAAGAAGUCAAAAAGCGAAGCGAGUCAGCGUUCAUUUGCUAGUGGUCCCUCUACAUCUACUAAGUUAACAUUGGAGAGUCGAACUGAAACAAACCGAUUCAGUUUCUACCUGUAUAAGAACGAGAUGGUGGCGGCGAACAAACACAAUGCAAGACCUUCAUUAACAGAGCAAGAAAGAUACCAAUUAAGACAAAUGAGAAGUCUCGAUCAUGACAAUAUAAACAAGUUCAUUGGUUUGUGUCUGAAUGGUCCCCAGCUGAUGUCUGUGUAUAGAUAUUGUUCAAGAGGAUCAUUGGCUGAUGUCAUUGAAAGAAGCUCCAUGCAAAUGGAUGCCUUUUUCAUGUUCUCUUUAAUCCAUGACAUAGCAAACGGACUUGCGUUCAUUCAUUCUUCCAUUCUACAUCUUCAUGGAUACUUGAGUUCUAAAAACUGUCUGAUUGAUGAUCGAUGGCAAGUGAAAAUAUCGAGUUUCGGGAUUCCAAUGAUUCGACAAUCCGACGAAGUUAGUAAGAAAGGAAUGCUUUGGAGUGCUCCAGAAGUGUUGAGAAAUGAAACGGAAGAGAGGACACAGGAAGGAGAUAUUUAUAGUUUUGGAAUCAUUUGUUCUGAAAUUAUCACCAGAUCAUCAGCAUUCGAUAUUGAGAAUCGAAAAGAGAAACCAGAAGAAAUAAUCUAUCAAUUGAAAAAAGGAGGAUUCAAUGCAAUUCGUCCAUCUUUGCUAACCGAUGAAUCAUUGGAAAUCAAUCCAGCACUGACCCAUUUAAUCAGAGAUUGUUGGACUGAAAAACCAUCGGAAAGGCCUCCGAUUGAUCAAGUGAAAAGUUUGUUGAAAGGGAUGAAUGAUGGAAAAAAGGUGAAUUUAAUGGAUCAUGUAUUCAAUAUGUUGGAAGCUUAUGCAUCAAAUUUGGAGGAUGAAGUUUCGGAAAGAACCAAAGAAUUGGUGGAAGAAAAGAAAAAAUCGGAUUUGCUGUUGUACCGAAUGCUACCAAAAACUGUUGCCGACAAACUGAAAUCGGGGCUUUCUAUCCAGCCAGAGACAUUCGAACUAGUCACAAUUUUCUUUUCGGAUGUCGUCCAGUUCACAGUUCUUGCUGGAAAAUGCACUCCUCUUCAAGUCGUUCAAUUACUUAAUGAUCUGUAUACAAUAUUUGAUAGUAUUAUAGAGCAACAUGAUGUAUACAAGGUGGAAACAAUUGGAGAUGGAUAUCUUUGUGUUUCUGGACUACCCCAUCGAAAUGGAAAUGAACACAUUCGGCAUAUCGCCCGAAUGUCUCUUGCAUUUUUGUCCAGUUUAGCAAAGUUUAGAAUUUCUCAUAUGCCAAAUGAAAGAAUCAAUUUGAGAAUUGGUAUCAAUUGUGGGUCCGUUGUAGCUGGAGUAGUUGGUCUCACAAUGCCACGCUAUUGCCUUUUUGGAGAUGCAGUGAAUACCGCCAGCAGAAUGGAGAGUAACGGAAAACCUGGAAGAAUCCACGUGUCAUCCGAAGCGAAUCGUCUUCUGACAAAAGUCGUAGGGGGAUUCAGAACAGAAGCACGAGGAGAAGUGAUAAUAAAAGGAAAAGGGGUGAUGGAGACGUUUUGGUUGCUGGAAGAGAAUGGGUCGGAUCCAAUGAAGUCACUUCUGAAAAAGGAAAGGAAAAAUAGUACGACUUCAUCACAAGCUAGGAGUGUUACACCUACGAUGGAUGGUUUCAGUUUAUAA